CUGUAGCGUCGAGGAGCUGAUAUCUCACGCGGCAGACAAUCGUCUAAACAUCUCGUGAGUGCGUGCGAAUGCGUGGGGGUGCGCGCCUGCGUGAGCGCGCCGCGUCCGUCUCGCUGAGGAUUGAAAAUCAUCGACCAGCCGCUGACCCCGAUGGAAACUCUCCGGUUGAGAUGAUUAUCUGGAGUUUAGACGUUUUUUGAAUUUCCCUGACAGUUUGGAGCCGCAGGUCGGAGUGGAUUCUCCGCUCUGCCGUCCCGUAUGGUUAUUCACUGACUUGUUUUAAGGAGAGAUAAACAUUUGGAGGAUCCCUGGAGACGCCUCCUGGGAAAACUCAGUCGCUUGACAGCUCCUCCCUGCAUUUAAAGGGAACUUUAGAGUUAAAAGACAAAAAUGGCAGCGAUUUCGGGGUUCAUCUUUUUAUGCGUCCUUCAAGCUGCAAGUCUUCAACUGGUGCCUCGUGGACCCAGACCUGUACCUGGGCCAGGUGACAGCCCAGGGCCGACUCCACCUCCGCUGCCCCCCCGACCCACGCCUGAAGGUUGUGGAAGAAUAAUCGAGUGUCCCAUCAAGCUGUACUUCACGAUCGACACAUCCGAGACCAUCGCCUUGCAGGAGUCCCCGCCCGGCAGUCUUGUCGACAGCCUCAGAGAAUUCACCAAGAUCUUUGCGCAGAAGCUGGCCGACGAGGAGUACAGGGGCCAGAUCCAGAUCUCCUGGUCCAUCGGGGGACUGCAUUUCUCCCAGACGCAGGUGGUCUUCAGCCAGUUCACCACCAGAGAGGACUUCAUCCGGACUCUGGCGUCCAGCAGGGCCAUCAGAUACCUGGGAAAAGGCACCUACAUCGACUGCGCCCUGAAGAACAUGACCCACCAGAUGACCCACCACUUCACGGGGACGAAGGCCGUCAUGUUCUCCGUCGUCAUCACGGACGGACACGUGACGGGAAGUCCGUGCGGCGGGAUCAAGGCGACGGCAGACAAGGCCCGGGACCAGGGGAUUCACAUUUUCUCCGUCGCGCCGUCCAAGAAGGUGGAUGAAAUCGGCCUGCGGGAGAUCGCCAGCUCCCCCACCGAGCUGUACCGCGACGAGUACAUCGCCGUGGAGAUUAUUGAUGGGAAACCAAAACUGAGCACUGAAUCCAUUGAUCGUAUGAUAAAAGUCAUGAAAUAUCAAGCAUACCUGCAGUGUUAUAAACCUUUGUGCUAUGAGGCUCCGGGGAUCGCUGGACGAAAAGGUCCUCGAGGUCCAAAAGGAUUUAAAGGAGACAACGGCAAGGCUGGGCCCAAAGGACAGAAGGGACGACGGGGAGAUCCAGGCAUCGAAGGUCCAAUCGGACGGCCCGGGCCAAAGGGAGAAAUUGGUUGGAAAGGUGAAAAGGGUGAAAUUGGAUUAAGUGGAGCAAAGGGAACGGCGGGCGGGCCUGGGCGGAACGGAACAGACGGACAAAAGGGUAAAAUUGGUCGAAUUGGGGCUCCCGGAUGUAAAGGAGAUCCAGGCGACUACGGACCGAAUGGCCACCCUGGAGAAGUGGGUGACUCUGGGCGACCAGGUACCAGAGGAGAGAGGGGUGAUCCAGGCCGCUCAGGGAAGCCAGGCCCCCCUGGCCCUGCAGGUGAACAAGGACCAAAGGGCGAGAGAGGAAGUCCCGGGAGUCCGGGUCUACCGGGAGAAAAAGGACCUGCGGGGCCAGAUGGCUCUCCGGGCCGAAAAGGCGAGGCAGGACGGAGAGGAGACCCUGGAACAGCGGGGGCGGCGGGAGCUGCUGGGGGGAAAGGAGCAAAGGGAGAACGGGGGACGCCAGGGGGCAGAGGUCGGCCUGGGGACGAAGGACUGAAGGGCACCAAGGGAGACCUCGGACAGCCAGGACCAAGGGGCUCUCCAGGGGAGCUGGGAAGUCCAGGAGGAAACGGCUCUGCAGGAGAUCCUGGAGAUCCAGGUCCAAGAGGAGACUCUGGGCCGCCAGGACCAACGGGUGACAAAGGAAGACAAGGAUUCAACUACCCAGGGUCGAGAGGCCCGACUGGAGACAGAGGCGAACCGGGCAGGAGGGGGCCCAGAGGGCCCCGAGGUGACUGUGGUCCCAAAGGAGAAGCUGGAAAUCCAGGACUUCCUGGAGAGUCUGGGGAACCAGGCCAGACAGGAAAGCCAGGAGAGAGGGGACCCAGAGGAGAGCCCGGACCUGAUGGGGGUCCUGGUCCUGCGGGCGAUCCUGGGCUCACUGAAUGUGACGUUAUGACUUACAUCCGGGAGACGUGCGGCUGCUGCGACUGUGAGAAGCACUGUGGCGCUCUGGACAUUGUAUUUGUGAUCGAUAGCUCAGAGAGUGUUGGCCUGACAAACUUCACCAUGGAGAAAAACUUUGUGAUCAGCACCAUCAACAAGCUGGGAUCGAUGGCCGCUGACCCUGCUUCGCCCACCGGCACGAGAGUCGGAGUCGUACAGUUCAGUCACAACGGGACCUUCGAAGCGAUCCGACUGGACGACUCAAACAUAAACUCCAUGUCUGCCUUCAAGACAGCAGUGAAGAAUCUGCAGUGGAUCGCGGGAGGCACCUUCACUCCCUCGGCUCUCAAAUUCGCCUACGACCACGUGAUCAGGGACAGCAAGAGAGCCCGGGCCAGAGUGUCCGUCGUGGUGGUCACGGACGGCCGUUUCGACCCCCGCGACAGCGACAAUAAACUGCGCUACCUGUGCGACGACCCCGCCGUGGUGGUCAACGCCAUUGGAGUCGGCGACAUGUUCGACGAGAGGCACGACAACGAGAACCUGCUUUCGAUAGCGUGCAACAAGAAGAACCGCGUCACCGAGAUGAAGCGCUACACCGACUUGGUGGCGGACAACUUCAUAGAGAAGAUGGAGACUGUGCUCUGCCCCGAUCCAGUAAUCAAGUGCCCUGAUCUGCCUUGUAAAAUGGAACCGGACGUGGCUCAGUGCGCGGAGCGGCCGGUAGACCUGGUGUUUCUGGUGGAUGGCUCAGAACGUCUUGGGGUGGAGAACCACCGCCUCAUCGGUGAGUUUGUGCAGACCGUGGCCGACAGGCUGAUCCUGGCCAGGAGCAAGACGGACCGAAGGCGAGCCCGAAUCGCGCUCAUGGAGUUCGGCAGAGAGAGCGAGAAUUACGUGGCUUUCCAACUCACGCACGACCCCGAGGUCAUUGCCAACGGCCUCUCAAGCCUGCGCUAUCUGGACUCGUCGUCAAGAGUCGGACCUGCCAUCAUCCACGCCAUCGACAACAUCCUGGGCAAAGGAAACGCCCGCCAGACUCGACGCAAUGCCGAGGUUUCGUUCGUCUUCAUAACAGACGGCGUCACAGACAGCAGCGUGCUGGAGGAGGCGGUUAACACGAUGCGUGGUCAGCAGGUCGUCUCCACGGUGAUCGCCACAGGAAGUGACGUUGACCAAGCAGUCUUGCAGAAGCUGGCUAUGGAUGACCAAGACGCCAUCUUCAAAGGACAAAGGUUUUCUGACCUGGUACGGUCCAGUCUGUUUGAUCGCUUCAUCCAGUGGGUGUGUUGAAGACGGGCUGUGCUCACGUUAGGAUUUUAUGGUGCUGCAGUUGUUCCUCUGCCUAUACAGACGGUAGUUCGUUUUGAUUUUAGCCUGGUGUUUCCCAUUAAUGUUUACGCUAGCUUAGCAUUGUUCACCGCUUCCAAACAAGUUUAGGCCCUCAGCUUUGCAAAAACGAUAAUUUUUUACAAGCAUUUCAAAGUUUGUGUUCCAAUCUCACUAAAGGGAAAUACAGAAUGUACAUAUUACUGACUACAUUAGAUUUCAUACCAGGGUUAGCGGUGCUUGACAGUUUUCCUGAGGUGCUUAGUCUUUCAGCACUGUAACUGAGCCGCCAUCGUUUGUUUGGAUCUUUUUUUUUCUCUUCUGUUUUCUCAAGUGCAAUGAAUCCACCCCAAUUUCCCAAAAACCGAUGCUGAAUAUUUCCUCUGAUUCUGUGAAGAUGAGUCAACACCCUCCGACAGGCCUCUCUAAUCUCUGCUUACAUUUGGUCAGACUUCAAGUAAACUCCUAAAAUAAAUUUUGUAGAAAGCUUCCAGAGCUGGGAUAUCUCAGAGAUGUUUCAGGCAAGUCCUUGUUUCCACACUUCUUUCUGACCAAAUUAGAGGAAUAUGCAGGUUUAAGUAAAGCAGAAUUAUCGUUCAAGCACAAGACCGUUCGUUUACUCCGACUCUGCUAUGCACUGUGCAGUUUUGCAAAUGAUGUCACAGCGACGUACUUUACUACAUUCUGUGUGAAAAACUGUAUUCAUCCACUGUUUUGUUAUUCAACAAUAUAAUACAAGUCAUGCAUUCUUGAUCAACAACCAAGCUUUACUGAUUCCACAUAAUAAAGCAACAGUUUGUUGGACACGA